AUGAGUUAUGUAAUGGACAUCCUCGUUUGCAUGGUCAUCUUUGGUACGACGGUGUAUAUACUCUUUACAACAAAGAAGAAGGAAAAUGUCUCAGUCGGAGUACACGAAAAGAAACUAAGGGACAGACUCGGUGAAAUCAAAAUGAGUGCAGAGGUACAAAUGGUUGUCUCAACAAAUGUGAUUGACGGAAUACUCGAAUUGUAUCAAAAGGAAAAUUUGGUUGUUUUUACUCCACUCUCAUAUGAGGUCUUGACACCAAACGAAAUUAUUGUGAUUCCAUUUGAAGAGAAAAUAAAACUCUACCAGACGUUCAGAUCGGUGAGGUGGGACCCACGGAACUUCUUAGUUGUGGAAAACAGAGGAAGAAUACCACACUUCCACACAAACCAGAUUUUCUUCAAAUUCAAACACGCACACGAAGUCGAUUUGUGGUACAACCACACACGAAAUAAUCACACUGAAUUUCCGUGUUGCCCUCCUAAAAGAACAAUCGACGACGUCUUGGUGUACUCUACGUGUUGGAGGUUGGCACACUCGGAGUUGGAAAUUGAAAACUUCAAUGAAAAAAUGCCGCUUAAAUUUUUACCAUUGUUUCGCGUGGAACACGUUCGUGUCUGUGCAAUUCCAAAGUCGUUUUCAACGCUCAAUUUUUCAUUCGAUGGGUGCAUCGAAUCCGACACAACUGUGUCUCAUAUCUCUAAAAGUUCUCCGUUUGUCAGAGUGGCUGUGAGAAUUUUAGGAAUCCCAUUUACCUUAAGUGUGCAGGCGUUUAUCUCCAAAUUCCAUUUCAGGGUGAACCAAAAGAAUUCACACAUACUCUGGGCAGAGGUGUUAUCUCCGCAACUUAUUGGGGUCUUUGUGUCUUUUGGCGGGUGGAUUUGCCCCGUUUUGUCUUUUUUGGCGUCAUUAGUUUUGUUUGUCUAUGCAAGUUUCAGCAUUGGAAAAGUAAACAAGCACGAACUUGACAAAAAUACACAGUACGCGGCACCGUCGUUGUUUCAUUACAAAACAGCGCACAUUGCUUUCAACCAUUUGAGAGAAGAGGAGGUGUGA